AGGUGAUAGAUUACUGGAAGUAAUAAGCUCCCUACCUAUGGCAAUCUCAGAGGCCGGAAUGAGUAGUGAUGUUGCACAAGUAUCAGAAGGUGAGUACAAAGUGUUAUUGAGUUUCAGAGGAUCUGACACUCGUUAUGGAUUCACAGAUUUCCUCUACCAUGGCUUGGUAGAUGCUGGAGUUUGUGUAUUCAAGGAGGAUGAUGAACUCCCCAUUGACAAAAUGAUUGGUGAGAACCUUCUACAUAUAAUCAACAACUCCAUGCUCUACAUACCCAUCUUCUCUCAGACUUAUGCUUCUAGUAAACGGUGCCUCCAAGAGCUUGCACUCAUAGUAGAAAAUGUCUCUAAAUCUGAGGGUCAAAAAAGUAUCCUUCCUAUUUUUCUUGAUGUGGAACCUGAGGAUGUUAAACUUAGGACUCCACUUUAUAGCACUGCCUUCGGGAAACACAAUGAGGACUUUCCUCAUGAAGCAGAGGCUUGGAGAAAGGCUCUUGCAGAAGUUGAUGAAAUCAAGGGAUGGAAUGUGAAAAAGGAUCAAAGCCAAGCAACGAUUGUCAAAUUAGUCGUUGAAAAGGUUUUGGAGAAGCUAGAGAUGAAACGAAAAUCAGUGACUGAACAUUUAAUUGGACUUGAGGAUCGGGUAAAACAAUUGACAGAAUUAUUAGAUGUCAACCAUCAGGAUGUGAAGCUCAUUGGAAUUCAUGGGAAGGGUGGUAUCGGUAAAACAACCAUUGCCAAGAUCAUCUUCAAUAAACUAUCUUCCCACUUUGAAAAGCGUUGUAGCUUCCUUGAGAACAUAUGAGAAAGCUUCUUGACCAAGGAGGGCAUACUCCAGUUGCAAAGGAAAUUAUUGUCUGACAUUGUUGGCUUUGGAUCUGCAGAACAAUUAAUGGAUAGCGAGCAAGCAAUGAGGAGGAUUGGAGACACACUUAGCACUAAAAAUGCCCUUUUGGUUCUGGAUGAUGUUGAUAAAAAAGAGCACAUUAAGAAACUAAUAGGAGUUUAUUCAUUACAUCCAGGGUCUAGGAUAAUCAUUACAACAAGAAACAAAAUUGUUCUGAAUGUUAAGGGACAUAAAGAUGAAAUUAUAUGCUAUGAGAUGCUAAAGAUGGAUGAUGCUCCUGCGCUUUGCCUUUUUUGUCAGCAUGCCUUUGG